CACAGUCGUGCUAUUUUGCGUUACCUCAGAGACGGCCAGUCAAUGGAGUCAAGCGGUCGCGUCAAUGCGAUAAUAUUAGUGACAAACGUAGGCCGUAGGCGAUGUAAAGAGGAUUUUUAGUUGAAAAAGUGCAUCGGUCACAGACAGUUAUUGUCUACACUGCCAUGACCGCGAAGGAAUAGUUUUAUGCUUAAUAAUCGGCUCGUUUGCAGCUGACGCGCUGCGUCAACACAAAGGCCUAUGUGUCUAGUUAGCGUUAACCGCUAGUUCCUCAGCUAGCUAGCAAUUGAAUUAACGCCAACCUAAGCUGCAGUAAAUUACCAGACGUGCCAUUUUAAUGUUUUAUCUGUAACGCGGUUAAUCUACUCUACCAACAGCACAUCAUUGAGUAUUCUUUUGCUAAUAUCGGAUAAUGUCGGAACAGGGCGCUGUGGUCAUGCAACAAAAUUUGGACAGGAGCUGCUGGGUGUGCUUUGCUACAGAUGAGGACGACCGCACAGCAGAGUGGGUGCGUCCGUGUCGCUGCCGCGGCUCCACCAAGUGGGUUCACCAGGCCUGUCUGCAGCGCUGGGUGGACGAGAAGCAGCGGGGCAACAGCACAGCGCGCGUGGCCUGUCCACAAUGCAACGCAGAGUACCUCAUCGUUUUUCCUAAACUGGGUCCCGUGGUUUACGUGCUGGACUUGGCUGACAGACUCAUCUCUAAGGCUGGCCCCUUCGCCGCAGCUGGCAUCAUGGUGGGCUCCAUCUACUGGACUGCUGUCACCUACGGGGCUGUCACUGUCAUGCAGGUGGUGGGCCAUAAGGAGGGCCUGGAUGUUAUGGAGCGGGCCGACCCUCUGUUCCUGCUCAUCGGCCUGCCCACCAUCCCUGUCAUGCUAAUCCUCGGCAAGAUGAUCCGCUGGGAGGACUACGUCCUGCGUCUUUGGAGGAAGUACUCAAACAAACUGCAGAUCCUCAAUAGUAUCUUCCCAGGGAUCGGCUGCCCGGUUCCUCGUAUCCCGGCAGAGGCCAGCCCACUGGCGGACCACGUGUCGGCCACACGGAUCCUGUGUGGCGCUCUGGUCUUCCCCACCAUCGCCACCAUCGUGGGGAAGCUCAUGUUCAGCAGCGUCAACUCCAACCUGCAGAGGACCAUCCUGGGAGGUAUUGCCUUUGUGGCCAUCAAGGGGGCAUUUAAGGUGUACUUCAAACAGCAGCAGUACCUGAGGCAAGCCCACCGCAAGAUCCUCAACUUCCCCGAACAGGAGGAAGCCUGAGGAGGCGCCGCAGUCCGGAGGGAGGACAGCUGGAUGAACCGCACACCUCGACCGGAGGGGUGGGGUGAGGAAGGACGUGAACGGUCAAGACUGAGACUGAGCAGCGAGCACUUAGGAUUGGUGUCACCCCUUACUCACCCACUCCUCCCCACACCUCACCCCUCCUGGAGUGAUUCAUGGUACCGCCGUCACCACACAUUGUUUUUAAACUUGGGAUGCUUUCGUAAGGUGAAGACAGAUAAGACUUGCAGACACGGACUGGAGCAUGUUAGCAUUCAUGUGUGCAGUUUAUACAUACAUACACACACACACACAUACACGUACGCACACAAACAUACCACAAGAACUCGUGCUGUGUGACAGUUGGGUGGAUGUGGAUGUGCGUCUACAAUCAUGUAGUUAACACUUAUUGUAAACUUAACUGUAUUUUAAAGGAACAAAAUGCGGGGCAUGUGUAAUUAGAAAGUUUUAUAAUAAUAAUAAAUAAUUGUUUUAUAAUGUUUAUUUUGCAGGUUUGAAAAGCCCCCUUUUGCCAGUGUGGGGGUGGGGGGGGGUGGGGUGGGUUAUAUUGAAUGAGGACUAAUGUUCAGUGUGUGGAAUGUAUUAAUGAUAAAACAAUAAAAUGUGUUUAACAGUCGUGAAUCAUGAUGCAGUACGUUACCCCACAACCAGGAAGCAUUAAGAGAAAACUGGUGUUGCCACCGUUGAGGUUUAAUAUUCUAUGUAGAGCUGUGUAAACCCUGACUCACGCUGACCACAGGUAGGAAGGUUAGUAAAGAGCUGCGUUCUGCUUUGUUUAAGGUGUGUUUCAUUGUUUUGUUCACAUGCCUUGGCAGUGUUCACAUCAACUGUCCACAGCUUCGUCUCCGUUUUACACAAUCAUUUUUACUUCGUGUUUCCAAGCUUCGUCGGCCAUCGCUGCUCCGCCCUCCCCUGCCCGGGUGUGGUUGAGCCCCUGCAGGACGAGUCUGUUGCCGUGAUACCGUCUCCAUCAGAUGGCCGGAUGGAUAAUAUAGAUGCUUUGGUGCUUUCAGAGCCUUUUGCAAGCGACAGAAGCAUUUUGAAGGCUUCGGGUCGCUCUCGCAUGACGCUUGAUGCAGCACACGUCGCUGGGAGGAAGGGAAAGGAACAUUUCAGUCCGUGCUGACGUGUGUGUUGAUCAGACUCUCGUGUUGCCUGAGUGUGAACCUUAGCUCAGGUCAGACUGUGCUUCUGAUGUCAUUACCGUGCAGGCAUAAGUGAAACUUGGACUCUGGUGAUGACGGUGAGUCACCGGAGAAGUUGACAUUUUGGCAGGGCUAAUGGGAGAAGUAAAGGGUCAGUUCAACUAAAUGAUAAGUCAUAUUUUCCUCAUUUACUCCUAGUGGUAUCUAACCUUGCAUUCAAAUUUUUAAAUAUUAUUCGGAACCAUUUUGGUCAAUGUUACUUACUUUUAAUGUAUUAUGGGAGGCCAUCACUACAACAGAUCAUUGCCACCCAAAUACAGAGCUCUCUAUGUACACUGGGAGGCAUGUGUGGAAAUAGGGCUUUUUCUUAUUUCAGUGAACUGACUCCGACCUACAUAUAUGGUCAAUAGUCUGUUUUAAAUAAUUCACAACAUGAUGUGAUUAUGACUUUGAUGCUUUCAUGUGGCCCUUAUUGCAGCUCAUUCUCAUGUUGCUCUUCCACCUCUCAAAGGAAGUUCCUUUGUCAAAACACGACGUAUAGUCGACCACUUGGAAUAUCCAAGCUGCACAUGGAAACUGUGCCUGCUUUACUGAUGUCCUCACAGCUCCCCCUGCACAUUCACUGUAAAGUCUCCUCUGCCAAAAGAGACGCUGAAGCCUGACCUGUGUUGUACAGUCACUGUGUCUGACUUUAGAGCUCGAUGGUGUCAGUUCUGUGAAUAAAUGUAUUUUUCCAAUGUU